GAGCAAACGGGCGGGAAAACAUUGAACAGCCAAAAUCUCAAAACCCUAACUCUCAUAUCAUUUUCGCGCCUCACUGCUCGGCUCAUCUCUGCAAAUUCUUACAAGUCGAUGACGGAAAAAACUUUCCAGCGUUUCUCGAUCUGAAAUCAAGUUCGUUAAUCCUUCACAAUCAACAAACCCUAAUUUUGCCGACACGCUGAAUUGUAGAUCUGAACAGUUACAAUGGAAAGUCGGCUGGUGCUAUCACACGCGCCUGGUGAAGCUAUUACCGAGCUUAGCACUGCCGACGCUGAGUUAGUGAGCAGAUCAUGGAAUUUGUUCGCUAUUCUGCUAUCCAUAGGGCGUUCAGUUCCUUCGAUUGAAUUAGCAUCUCGAUGCAGUUAUCUUGACGUAUCACCGGAAUUCAUCGAAUUCGUUUGCUCUAUACCUAACUCCCCCCUCUCGUUGACGGGUGAUGGUUUGGUUACGGUUUCUUCUGCUGUUUGUAUAGGUUUACAGCGGUUUUUGCUGAAUUCAGGUCGAGUUUUUAAGAUUUCGAUUCCUUGGGAGAUGAAGACUCGGGACUUUGAGCGCAAGAGAGCUUGGGAAGAUUUUGAAUUGACGUGUUCUCGAAAGCGAAGAAGAUCGCGGCCUAAUAUUUCAGAGAAAGCUGAUCAGCCGGAUUUGUCGAUGUCUGUUGGGAUUUCAAAUGCCUUUGAAAAGCAAUACGCCAAUGGUGAUGACCAUACCUCAAGGAGUCUAAUCAUAACUAAUGACAAUACACCAGUUGAAGGUACAUUUAAUAUGUCAUCACUCAUCAACUUUGAUGCUGAACCCUUAACUUAUGAAUUAAACGACUGUAAACAUGAAGAUGAAAAGGAGUCGACUACAGUUUUGAGCAUGAAAGAGCUUGCAAUCCAGAAUAAUUUCCUCAAUGGUUACAUUUGUUUCCCUAGCCCUAUUAAAAGGCCAUCAAGAAAGCGUAAAGAAUCUCUUCAGUUGCAAUCAUCAUCUCAUCCAACUGAAAGACCAAUGACACGUUCAUUGACCAAAAGGCAUAGUAAAGCAUCUUGCCAAGAAGAUAAAAACAAGAAGGUAAUCUCACUGGUGAAAACUUGGAUUGAAAAUUCAACAGAAAAACAAACACUUGUGAUGGAAAGAGAACACAAAUGUACCUUAGAUUCUUCAAUCCAUGAAGUAAACAUUGAAAACGUGCCAAAUAAUAUUGUUCAUGAAAUCAUGAUCCCUGAGCUCAAUUCUGGAAACAUAAACACUAUGAACUGCAAUGACAUGGCGCCUUGUUCUGACAAUAAGGAAAAGGUAGUUUGCCAAGACGUUGAAGAACAGAAGAUAGUUUCACUAACAGAUGCUGAAAAACUAUGCAUUAAUGAAGCUCAAAUGGAUGAUGUAAAAGAGGAAGAAAAACCAAUUUGUGAAAGAGAAGAGUUAGUUUGUUCACAAGAUACCGAAAACAAUCUCCAUGACAACAAACAAUUGACAGUUGUUCCAAAGGAUGCAAAUUUGUCAGUGCCAACAGUCUCCAUAACAACAAACAAUGGAAAUGACGUCAGUGCCCCUACUGAGCAGAAGAAUAGUAAAAAAGACAAGAAGUCAGCUCUCAUGAAGCAGAAGUUAAAGCCAUCUGGAGAACAGAAGAUAGAAAUUACUCGGAAACAGGAAAACAUAAAAGAAAAUAAGGAAAAGUGUAAUGCCACUUCUGUCAAAGGAAAUUUGGAGCCAAGAGAAGUGCCAGUGUUUGAUUCUUUUAUUGUAGAGGAAGAAGAAGGUUCAGGUGGUUAUGGCACAGUCUACAAGGCACGAAGCAAAAAAGAUGGAACAACAUUUGCUGUUAAAAAUCCUCAUGAAAAUGCUAACAGAAACCAUGUUUAUAAUGAAUUAAAAAUGCUGGAGAGAUUCGGGGGUAAGAAUUUUGUAAUUAAAUACGAAGGCUCAUUCAAAAGUGGCAAUUCCCAUUGUCUUGUUCUUGAGCAUGUUGCCCAUGAUAGGCCUGAGGUCUUGAAGAGAGAAAUAGAUGUUCAACAACUUCGGUGGUAUGGCUACUGUUUAUUCAGAGCACUUUCUAGUCUUCAUAAACAGGGAGUAGUUCACAGAGACGUUAAACCUGGAAAUUUCCUUUUCUCUCUCAAGGCCUCCAAAGGCUAUCUCAUAGAUUUCAACCUCGCAACUGAUUUGCAUCAGAAAUUCGGAUCCACAGAAAAAUCCAAGUCGAAUAAUGAUGCAAGUUUUGGUCUUCCUCCUACAAAGACUAGAAAAUACACAAGCUCCAAAGCUUUAGAACCAGUGACACACAUAAAAAAGAAGAGUGAUCAAAUAAAGAUGAAAAGCCAAGGUGCAGAUGGUUCUGGAAUAACCUCUACAAAAGACGCAACAAGCAACAGAAUUCCAUCAGCAGAAAGGCUUAGGGAGCCUAUUCCCUCCACACAGAGAAAAGAACUUCUCAAUUUAGUACACGAAGCAUUACAGGGUCCAGAUCAUCAACCAAUAACUUCAAAAAGAAAACGCGUUGCAGCCCCUCCAACAAAAUCAGAUAACAAAAAGCUUAUAUAUCUCACUCCAAUGCCACUGCAAUCCACCGGAAUCGCGGUUUCCGGUGCUGGAUUACUUAAAAACAAACAACGGAAAGAAGGUCCAUGCGUUGGCACAAAAGGUUUCAGAGCCCCAGAGGUACUGUUCAAAUCUAUGUACCAAGGGCCUAAAAUUGACGUAUGGUCUGCUGGAGUUACUUUGCUUUAUUUGAUCAUUGGAAGAACUCCGUUUGGUGGUGACCCUGAUCAGAAUAUAAAAGAGAUUGCAAAGUUAAGGGGAAGUGAAGAUUUGUGGGAAGUGGCAAAGUUGCAUGACCGUGAAUCAUCAUUUCCACCGGAACUGUAUCAGUUGAAGUCAUUGCCAUCUGUAGAGCUACGAGAAUGGUGUAAACAGAAUACGAGACGCCCGGAUUUCUUAAUUCCAAAAUCACUUAUUGAUCUUGUUGAUAAGUGUUUGAUGGUGAACCCACGAGCAAGAAUAAGUGCAGAAGAAGCUCUAAGGCAUGAGUUUUUCAUGCCAUGCUUCAAGGACAUUGAAAAGCACAGGCUGCUCAGGCAAAAGCCUUCUCAGCCUCUGACUUUUGAAGGUCUUUCGUGAGAGACUUAUAUUCUCUUUGUUAUAUCAUCAUAACGUUAGGUUUUCUUAGGUCUUGCAAAAAAAAAGCAUAGUUUUUGCAGUAAAUCUAGAAGGGACUCUACUCUUAACAUGUUGAAUUUCUUGAACCAAAUGAUUGUUAAUAUGAAACUUGACAGUUGACAUAGGUA